CACGCCACCACGCUCAGCAGCCGCCGCGAGAAAAGCCAGAAAUUCGCAGCCACAUGCAAACAAGCCCGUAUAUAAAUCCCCCCCUGCCACACAAAGGCGCAGCCCAGCAUCUAAGCAGCCGUGGGGUCCUCCGGGGCGUGCAAUGUUUUUUUGGGAUGGCUCCAUGUCGGAAACUUGUUUUGCAGGCCCAGGGAAGAUAUCUCCCAGAAAGAUUGUCUCAUUUGAAAACUAAGGCAAAGUUUGGUCCCUCCCCUUCGGGAAGAACCCGGCAGUCGGUCUGCCCGCGAGAGAAACGUCCUCCUGCGGGAGCAGCCGCCUCUCGCCUGGCUCCUGAGGGCCGAGGGUGGCCGAAGGCUCCGUCCAGCUCCUCUGGCCAGUGGGACUGGAGCGGAGGGCAACGGGGACACUGCACACCAGGAUUAUCACUGAAGGCACCGAUGGAAACAGGAAGCAGCAGCACCGAGAAGUUUUACAGGAUCCCCGAAGGAAAGGGACCGCACUCGGUUGGAUGUACGGACCUGAUGACAGAAAAUGCAGUUGAGGGAAGCUUCUUGCGCCUGUAUUAUCCAUCAUGUGAUGCCACAAAUAGUGAAGAGGCGCCAUGGAUUCCAGAUAAAGAGUACUAUCAGGGACUGUCUGACUUCCUGAAUAUGUACCGAGUUGUAGGAGAAAGGCUUUUCCAGUACUAUGUUGGUUCAGUGACCUGUCCUGCAAAGUCAAAUGCUGCUUUUAAGCCAGGAGAGAAAUACCCACUCCUCAUUUUUUCCCAUGGACUUGGAGCUUUUCGGACCAUCUAUUCUGCUAUCUGCAUCGAGAUGGCUUCUCAGGGCUUUAUAGUGGCUGCUGUGGAGCACAGAGAUGAAUCUGCUUCAGCAACGUAUUAUUGUAAAAAAAAGUCCAUUUCUGAACCACAGGAAGAGUCUACGUCAAUCAUGGAGAAGGAGUGGAUCUACUAUAGGAAACUAAAAACUGGAGAGGAAGAGCGUUGUUUGCGCCAUAAGCAGGUGCAGCAAAGAGCACAGGAGUGCAUCAAAGCUCUCAAUCUCAUUCUUAACAUCAAUUCAGGAGAGGAAGUAAUGAAUGUGCUACAUUCAAACUUUGACUGGAACAGCCUAAAGGAUUCUGUUGAUACUAGCAGGAUAGCUGUGAUGGGACACUCUUUUGGUGGUGCUACAGUUAUUGAGAGUCUCAGCAAAGAAAUAAGAUUCAGGUGUGGCAUUGCCCUCGAUGCAUGGAUGCUUCCUGUAGGUGAUGAUAUUUACCAAAACAGUGUCCAGCAACCACUGCUGUUUAUCAACUCUGAAAAAUUCCAGUGGGCUGAUAAUAUCAUAAAGAUGAAGAAGCUCAGCUCCAAUGACACAAACAAGAAAAUGAUCACUAUCAAGGGAUCAGUACAUCAGAGCUUUCCUGACUUUACCUUUGUGAGCGGAGAAAUAAUUGGAAGAUUUUUCAAAUUAAAAGGAGAAAUAGAUCCAAAUGAAGCUAUUGAUAUAAGCAAUCAUGCUUCAUUAGCCUUUCUGCAGAAACAUUUAAGUCUUAAGAAAGAUUUCGAUAAGUGGGAUUCUCUUGUGGAUGGCAUAGGACCCAAUGUUAUUCCUGGUACCAAUAUUGACUUAUCUCCAGCUGAACCUGAAUAAGGACUACAAAGCAGUACUGAGAAUGUCACAGACUUGAGGACACUAAUGCUGGCCAGACAUGGCUCAGACACAUGAUAGCAUUGGCCACCUACACAGCUUUUGGGGUGUGGAACAAAGAAAAGGCAUUAGGUUAUGUUAUCAUGAAAAUGUGGAGAGGUUUUCAUUCAAAUGAGUUCAUGGGAUUAUCUGAAAUACUGCAACAGGGUAACUACUGCUUUAUAGGCAACUGGGGAGAAAUCACUUUGUGGCAAUUGAAACGUGCUUUCUGGUUUUGACUGAAAAUCAAGUUUGCAGAGAGGUUAAGCUUCAAGGAAUUCAACUAAAGCAGGGGUCCUCAAACUACGGUCCACGGGCUGGAUACGGCCCCCGGUAUUUACAGAACCCCCCCUGCCCCACCAGGGGUUAGGGGGGGAAACCAAGCAGCCGCAGAUGACUGCCUGCCACUGCAUCUGUGCGCCGUCCCCCUGGUUAAACAGUUUGAGGACCCCUGAACUACAGUUCUACUUACCAAGCUUUAAGUCAGUUUGCAUGCAGCAAGCCUUUUUUUUGCAGUGUAAGAAAAAAAUUAAUCUUUGUUAUUGAACUGUUUAGUAUUUCAGCUGUGCUCUGACAACAUUUGAGAGGCGGAGGAGGCUUUUGCUCCUUCUAGUCAGAGAGGUGCCAGUGGAAGAAAAACUGUCCUUAAAAUAAGAGUGAAAGUAAGAGCUAAAAAGGUGUUUGUUCAGACACAGGACUUCUCCUAUGAACUUAAUCCACUUACAUUUCAGAUCUGUGUUUACUGCCAUAGUCAGAGGGUGUUUCCAUUCCAAAAGCUGCUGAAACUGUCACUCUUACAGCAACUGUAAUUCCCUUUAGGCAAAGCUCUAAGCAGUGCCUCUCUUGUUGAUCUCUGUCAUACUGUUAUAGGUGAAAGUAUAAGAGAGGCAUAUGUAAGCACUGCCUGAUCAUCUUGCUGUCUCUCAUAGUUGUAACAGUCUCCAGACACUUGUCUUUGUCCAGGUACUAGCAUUGCUGUCUGUAUCUGUCUGUAGAAACAGUUGACUGUGGUUGGCUAAAGGCAGCUCUGAUUUUUAGAGCUGAACUCUUUGAAGCUGCCACAUGGAAGAGAGACUUCUAAAUGACUAAACCUUGCAAAAGGGGAAUCAUUUCUAACAGUAGCCUGUUGGUUGCAAAAUCAGGUUAGCUGAUUUUGCAACUGAAGCAAGCACAACAUGCAAAGCUGUUAACAGUGUAAUUAACUAUUUAUAUAAUCUGUGAUCUUAACAUGAGAUUGCAACAACAUCUAAGACAUGUUUUCAGAAUUUCAUUAAAUUCUCUCCAGCCUACCA